GCAGUAAUCAACUCACUGAGAUUAACAACCGCCAAAGGGCAAAACCGAAGAAGAGGAAAAAAAAAAACCGCUCUCUCUACCGAACAGACGUGAUGCAAACCAUGCACACAGGAAUCAUUCAAACCCCCCUUCCACCUGCACAUCCGUGUUCCCAAACAAACCAAUAACACUCUAAACUUUAAAAAAAAAUCGGGGGCGGGGGGGGGUUUCUGGAGCCAAGAUGGCGACUACGGAAAGUGGCGACGGACAGCUCGGCCGGACCACCAAUCAAGACUCGUGUGUGCAAGUCUCUGGCGCGGUAACGGAGGGAACAGACGGAGAGUCCAUGGAGGCUGUUUCAGAGUCAGGAGCAUCAGUGGGUGGUGGAGAUCCAGAGAUUACACAAAGAGCCUCGACUGAUUCCCCUGAUGAUGGUGCAGAGGAUGGCGCUGUUGCUGAACAAGAAAUGAAAAAGGAAGAAAUCGAACACGCAGACACUGAGUCCGGUGUGGUUUCCUCUCCUGUGUCCCCGUCACAGUCGUCUUCCUUCACAGAAGAGACGGUCACCAAAGUCGUCGUUCAAGGGGAUGAAUCGGGAGGCUCAGACUCUGAAAAAGAGACACCUGAGGUAAAGACUGAGGAAGAGUUUGAGUUAGAAGAAGAGAACGAGGGACUAAAAGACAAAAACUUAAAGGAAGCUCCUCGAGGACCGAAUGACAGCACAGAGAAAAACAAGGAUGGAAAGACGGAGUUGAGUGUCGACGCACAGCUGGAAAAACGCUCUUUUGGCUGUAAUACGAGUGUUUCUGGAGCUGACGACCUCGAUGAGAUGAUGGACAUCGGUGCAGUGGACGAGGUGGAACAAGAAGCCCAGAUGAAAGAGGAGGAAGAGAAUAGUUCAAUGGAUGUGGAUAACAGCCGUUCAGCGUCUUUGGCAGGGGACAGCAACUCUGUGGAGGAGGAAGCUGAUGUGAAGCCCACCGUGUUACCAUCGACUUCAGAAGAGGAAAAAGUGCAGAAAGUCAAAAAAGCUCUGGACUCGACGCAGUCAAGCUCGUCUCCAUCGUCUCAGGCCACAGCCAGCACAGGGAGGGACAGCUCAUCACCAGCAACCGUGAUGAAUGGGAUGAAAGUCGUGAAGCUGUCACAACCUCGAUUUGACAAAGAAAGGUUACGUUCUUCGUCUCAGCCCGUCCCUUCCUCUCCAUCACCGCCUCUGGUGAAGGUGAAGGAUGAGCCGGUAGACGAAGAGUACGAACUGGCUCAGAUGUCCUCGACGCCUUCGGCCAGCGUGAAGGACGAGCCCAACACGGCAAAGGAGGACUUGAGGAUCGGCUCGGUGUUCUCCGUGACUCCAGCUGCAGAAUCUCCGUCGCUGCCCGUCAUCAACCCCCCGUCGGCGCUCAUGUACUGUUCCAACUGCAAGAAGUUGCUUUCAAAAGGACAGACGGCGUUCCAGAAGAAGGGGAACCCGGCGCUCUUCUGCUCCACCUCCUGCCUCACCACGUCUCUCCCCACGGGCCUCGGACACACAAAGAUCUGCCACAACUGCCAGAAGUUGAUAUUGCGGCCGCAGGACGUCAUUCUGGCUCCAGAUAACAAAGGAGCCAUGAAGGAGUUCUGCAGUCAGACCUGCCUCACCGCCUUUAACUUCAAGAAAAACCCGGCGCCCUUCAAGGUGUUCCCCAACAGCCCAGAAACCACUCAGCCAGCAGCACCGCCGUCCCUCUGCAGCAUGUGCACCAGAUUCGGUGUGAGCAAACAUGAGGUGAUCCUGAGCGGCUCUGUCCACAAGCUCUGCAGCGACGCCUGCUUUAACCGCUUCCGCACAGUCAACAACCUCGCCAUGGCCGGCUGUGCCAACUGCGGCUCGUAUUGCCACAACAAACCCAUCAUGCUGAAGCUGGAGGACAGCAACAAAACUCUGUGCAACCUCGACUGUCUGGCCAAGUACAAACAGAAAACAAAGACAACCCUGGCAUGUGCGAUGUGUCGAACCCCCCGGCCGCUGGUAGAAAUGGUCGACAACAAAAACCGAGACGAUUCGGUGAACCUCUUCUGUAGCAGCAGCUGUGUGAUGGCGUACAAGGUCCAGACCGUCAGCGCGUCAGGUUCUCGGAUGAAUUGUGACAACUGUGGGAAGAACACGGUUCCUGCUUACCACCUGGCCAUGUCGGAUACCUCCAUCAGGAACUUCUGCACUCUUCCCUGCGUCAUGGCUUUUCAGGAAAAGUUCAAGAAGUCCCAGAAGCAGGUGAAUGUUUUCACCAAGCUGCCGAUCGGAUCCACACAAAUCCAGCCCGUCGAGCCUCUGCUGCCUCAGCAUGACGUCCCCAAAGGAUCACAGAAACUGAACUGUGCCCAGUGCAAAAGCAACAUAACCUUCAAACCUGAAGUCAUCCAGAUCAAGGAUAAGUUGGUGUUUGUCUGCAGUAUGGACUGUUCUCACGAGUUCAAGAAAGCUAACUUUGUGACAAGCCUGUGUGAAUACUGUAAGAUUGCAAAGAUCACAAGAGACGUCAAGAGAAUAAGCAACAAAGACUGCUUCUUCUGCAGCGACGGCUGUAUGCUCCUCUUCAGACACGACCUGACUAAAAGCUGGGGGAAACACUGCAGCGCCUGCGUCUAUUGCCACUCUACGUCCAAGAAGCUGGUGACGGCUCAGUACGGAGGCUCAACGGAGGAGUUCUGCUCCGAGGAGUGCCGGUCCAAAUACACCAUGCUCUUCUGUCAUGUUGCAAAGUGUGACACCUGCGGCCGUAAAGGAAAACUGAAGCAGAGUCUCCCCCUGCUGGGAGAGGUCAAACACUACUGUGACCUGACGUGUCUGCUGCAGUUCUGCUGUGAAAACGCGGCCAAGCCGAGCGAGACACUCAAAGGUGGAGGAGAGGACACUCCGGUCAUUGCCAAUGUGAUGUCUCUUGCUGGUCCUCCAUCAGCGAAAUCCAGUGCUCCUGAGAGAAUUACCCGAAGCACAGCGUCUAACUCUAAGAACUCCGGACAUAUCAGCGUUCAGACGGAUAAAGUAAAAACUCAUCCUCCUCCUCCUCAAAAAAUACUGAAGAACAAGGCCGUGCUCUGUCGACCGCUGGUGCAGAACAAAGGGGUCUCGUGUAAAACACAAACGGCGGACGUCGAAGCACAAACGGAUGACCUCUUUCCUAGACUCAUGGUUGUGCCUAUCCCAGUCCCGGUGUACAUCCCUGUACCCAUGAGCAUGUACAGCCAGCUAACACCCAAACCUGUCGGCCUGCCGUUACCUCUACCCGUACCCAUGUUCCUCCCUGUGACCAUGGACAGCGCAGAACAAAUCGUGGAAACCAUCCAGGAGAUCAAGCAAAAGAUCCCGUCCGACCCCUACGAGGCAGAGCUCAUUCUCAUGGCUGAGAUGGUCGCAGAAGACAGCGAGAAGAACAGCAAAGAGGAGAAACCGAAGGCGAAACUGAUGGAAAAAGACAGAGCGAAACAAGAAGCACCAGCGCCAGAAGAUCACAACAGCAACUACAGUGAUGACAUGGACACAGAAGAUUUGGCCAGUUUCCUCAACAACUGGGAGGAGGCCUCGUCUGACGCAGGUCUCCAGUCUCCGAGUCGACCGUACGCCAAUGAGAAGCUCAACCAUCUAGACAUUCCCGUUGGCAUGCCCAAUGAGCCUUACUCCGAGCCCCCACCUUCAGCACCGCCUCCCAUGGACAUCGAAGCAGACUUCACUGUUGAAACUCUGGAGAGGAUGGCCCGGCUGAGGGAGCAGUCUCAACGAUCCCCGAGCCCUCCGCCUGCAACUUCACGGCGACGACAAGCUCACAGGAAAGCUAGAGAAAAAAGGGGUCGUAAGCCACAGCGUUCAAAGGCAGCUGAAGCAUCGUCUAAGAAGGGCUCUUCCAACAAGAGCGUGGCUGUAGAAGUUCCAAAACUCAAGAGUCAAUAUGGAGUAGAUGCCUGGAAACGGUGGAUCCAGUGGAGGCAAACUCAGCCCAAUGUGGAGAAGCCACGCUUUGGUUCUCGUCCAAUGGAGUUGAAGGAGGAUAUUCUUCGGUGCACCACUGCUGAGCUCAGCUACGGCUUGUGUUGCUUCAUCAGUGAGGUGAAGCGACCAACCGGAGAGCGGUAUUCCCCUGACAGCCUGUUCUACCUCUGCCUCGGCAUUCAACAGCACCUGUUUGAGAACGGCCGUGUGGAGAACAUAUUUAUGGAUCGGUUCUACAAUAAGUUCUCUACUGAGUUCACUAAUAUGCUGAGAGGUUUCAAACCUCAAAUCACAGCAAAAGGUUAUAUCCAUUCCCGUGUGGAGGAGGAGUAUCUGUGGGACUGUAAACAAUUGGGGGCUUACUCCCCCAUCGUCCUCCUCAACACUCUGCUUUUUUUCUGCUGCAAAUUCUUUGGCUUCACCUCGGUGGAGCAGCAUCGUCAGCUGUCCUUUGCCCACGUCAUGCGCUGCACCAAAACAAACGCAAACAACACCAAGACCACUUAUCUGCGCUUCUACCCUCCAAUAUCAAUAAAUGAGGCUGAAUCAGAUCCUGAAGUUCCAGCAAAAAAGAAAAAGGAGGAGGAAAAUAAAGAGGCUGUCCUGGAGAUGAUUGAGAACACAGAGAACCCUCUCCGCUGUCCAGUCAGGCUCUAUGAAUUUUACCUCUCCAAGUGCUCGGAGUCGGUCAAGCAGCGCACCAACCUGUUCUACCUUCACCCCGAGCGCUGCUGCGUCCCCAACAGCCCCCUGUGGUUCUCCUCCACCCCUCUGGAUGACAGCACAAUGGAGGCCAUGCUCAUUCGCAUCUUAACCGUCAGAGAGCUACAUCUCAAGACGUGGCAAGAGGGAGGGAAGCAGGCGGGGAAACCUGAAGAUCCACCGUUUAUACCUGACGGGGAGGAAGAGGAAGAUUCAGAGUGAUGAAGAGCAGUGAGAGCGGAAGUGACCUUUUACUGGUGCAGCAGCUUGUUGUGAAAAUGUUUUUUUGAUUAACUGAAACAUUCAAACAAGAACCAAUAAACACACAUGAACAGAGAUAAACAUGUUAAUACACACUUGUAUACAUGAAUACAAUGUACUGAACUGCAGAGGUCAUGCUUUCAAAACUACAUGUUUAUCAGGAAUCACAGAAGAAGAAUUUGUCAAACGCAGUGUCCGGGUAAGUUGGACUCGGCUCAGCAGGAUACUACUGCUCAGCCGGACACAUGGCUGUCCUUUGGGGUGGGGGGUGGGGGGGGGGGGGGUUCUGCUGAAUGGUUACUUGUCACGAUCAACACUACUUGUUACCGUUCACAUGUUAUGAUUCCUUAAGUCCUUGUGGAAUUGUGGGUAAUAUUGUCCUUGUUUGAAAUAACCUCAAUGAAAAAUGUUGUUUCAAGACAAACUGAAAAUAUCUUCUGUGAACCCUUUGUGUUCAAUUUCAAACCUGCAGUUUAGUUUCAUUUUUAACAAUUUAACGUUGCCAUUAUUUACCUCUAGUGGAAGAGAAAUUAUCAUAUUUUUUUUUUAUUCAUGAGGAUUGUUAAAAAUUCAUUCUUUAAUUCAUCGACGAUCUCAGACGUGUUAGAGGCUGGUCCACCUUGCUAUAGUGAAAAGUUGAAGAUAAACUAACCACACAACCUAGUUUUUUUUUUUUUUUUUACUUAUAAGAUUAUCCAACUUUGAAAGGUCACUUGAUUGUGCGAUUACUGUGAUCUUUUACUUGUGUCCACUAUUGCAAACAAAAUGUAAUGUACUGUAACUCAAUAUCCAGUAGAUCUUUAGUUAAAGCGGUUUUGAGUUUAUUUGACUACCAUUAAGAUAAUAAAGCUUUCAUUUAUAGCUUCUAUCACUAUAAACGCUGAUACUCUUUAUACCACAUUGGACAAUUUUACAACCUUUUUGAGUGCCACUUGACCAUAAAAAUAUCCAAUACAGUCCCUUUGUGUAAACCUUGGUUAUAUUAACCCCCAGACCUUAGAAAAUGGGCACCAAGGUUCUGAGUAUUUUCUAUUGCUUGUUCUUUUUUUUUUGUAAUAAAAAUAUUUAAAAACGUUG